AUGCCUUUUUCCGGUGAUAUGGGCGACGAUGGGUGGUGUGAAGGGUCAGAAAAUGACGAUUGCGGUUGGGCGCUUCCGUUCGGUGAGUCGACGGCUCCGGUUGGUGGCCGGACGGAGGAGCUCCGACUCCCAUUGUCUCCAAAUGCUCUGGGUCCUGAGGCCCUUGCCUUCAAUUCCUUGGUUAGAGGUAGAGGACCCUAUACAGGAGUGGAAGAUGGUCGAACCCUCCAAUAUUUUGGAGGUUCUGUUGGUUUUGUCGACUUCGCCUUCAAUUCACCGAACAGGUCUAAGGGCGCGUGUGACGGCAACACAAAUCAAAGUUUAGGGCCUAUAUGUGGGAGACCAUUAGGUUUAGGGUUCAACCUCCGGACAGGUGAUCUAUAUAUUGCUGAUGCUUAUCUCGGGCUCUUGGUUGCCGGUCAGAAUGGAAGGCUUGCUACCCAACUUGCCAUUAGCGCAGAUGGAGUGCCCUUUCGAUUCACUGAUGGAUUGGAUGUCGAUCAACUAACCGGAAUCGUGUAUUUCACAGAUGCUAGUUCUGUGUAUCCCCGAAGUGCCGCUGAUGAAGCACUGGCAAGAGGCGAUGCGACGGGGAGGCUACUGAAAUAUGACCCUAGAACCGCACAGGUUACUGUGUUAUUGAGGGGGCUUCAAUUGGCAAGUGGUACUGCAGUCAGCAUAGAUGGAUCAUUUGUACUGGUGACAGAAUUUGGUGCCAGAAGAGUGCAAAAAUAUUGGUUGAGAGGUCCAAGAGCUAAUACAGCAGAAAUUCUGAUCACUCUCCCCGGAAAUCCUGAUAACAUCAAGAGGACUCUAUUGGGAGACUUUUGGGUGGCAGUAAACAUAAACACAACGACUAUCAGACCCAUAGGAAUAAAAAUCAAUGGUCUUGGCAGGAUUUUGCGGACAGUUUCUCUUGAUGCAUUGUACAAUAAUAUACGGGUGUCUGAAGUGCAGGAGUUCUUGGGAAAACUAUACAUUGGGUCGACUACAGAAAAUUUUGUUGGUGUUGUCAACAAUAUAUAAUAUGAUUAAGCUCCAGCAGUCAUCACAGAAUGAAUGUAUUAAAUAAGUGAUACUGUUUUUUCUGUCGAUUUAAAUUCGCAUAUAAAUCUAUUAAAUAAGCUUUUAUCGAGCAUA